GUCGUACAGAAAGAUACACUUCGAUAAACACUCGCCGCAACAACUGCUUUCUCAUGGCAACGACCGUGUAACCCGCCAAAAUCCUCGAUAGCCGCCGCUGCGGCGAAAACCACACCUCCUUCUCCCCAUCAUGGACGACAUUCAUCCUCAGAUAUGGGCUGUUGCCCAUACGCUCGUCGCUCGCAACGAUACGUCCAACUCGACUUCUACAUCCUCCGACUCCAGUCGUCCGGCAUCCUACAAGAUCAUCGGUCUAAGUCUUGCGGUGGCUUCGGGCUUGUUCAUCGGCUCGUCUUUUGUGUUGAAAAAGAUGGGGCUUCUCAAAGCCAAUGCAAAGUACAAUGAAGAGGCGGGCGAAGGCUACGGCUACCUCAAAAAUGCGUGGUGGUGGAGCGGCAUGACAUUGAUGAUUGUGGGAGAAAUAUGCAAUUUUGUCGCUUAUGCGUUUGUCGAUGCGAUCCUAGUCACGCCUCUGGGUGCUCUGAGUGUGGUUGUCACGACGAUUCUCUCGGCCGUCUUCCUCAAAGAGAGGCUCAGCUUCGUCGGGAAGGUGGGCUGUUUCAAUUGCAUCAUCGGCAGCGUGGUCAUCGUCCUCAACGCUCCAGAACAGAGCUCUGUGACUGACAUUCAAGCGAUGCAACAUUUCGUCAUUUCGCCCGGCUUCCUGAGCUAUGCUGGAGUCAUCAUCGCUGCCUCUGCAUUUACAGCUUUCUGGGUGGGUCCGCGAUACGGAAAGAAGAGCAUGCUCGUCUACCUGAGCAUAUGCAGCAUGAUCGGUGGACUCAGUGUCGUUGCCACUCAGGGGCUGGGAAGCGCAAUUGUUGCUCAGGCAAACGGAGAAGCCCAGUUCAACCACUGGUUUCUCUACGUUCUGCUGGUCUUCGUUGUUACAACACUGCUAACCGAGAUCAUCUACCUGAAUAAAGCGCUCAACCUCUUCAAUGCCGCUUUGGUGACGCCAACCUACUAUGUCUUCUUCACCAGCGCCACCAUUGUGACGUCGGCCAUACUUUUCCGAGGCUUCAAGGGAACCAUCAUCUCAAUCAUUACUGUCGUGAUGGGUUUCUUCCAGAUAUGCGCGGGUGUCGUUCUGCUACAAAUGUCUAAAUCAGCCAAAGAUGUUCCAGAUGCAGCCGUCUUCAAAGGUGAUCUCGACCAAGUCCGCGAGAUUGCCGAGGUCGAACAACCAGAAACUGAGCCCAAGGCCGAUGCUAUUCGUGGCGCCGCUGCACUGGUCAGGAGGUUUUCUACCUCGCGCCAGAAGUGGGAGCAAGAAGAAGCAAGACGGCUGCGCGAAGAUAAGAUGAAAGACCAACUAGAGCCAGUACGGGAGAACGAGAUUGUGGAAUGGGACGGGCUUCGCCGCAGGAAAACAGUCAUUGGAGAGCCUGGCUCGCCGCUCGUCCGCCGAAAGACAGUGCAUCCGCCUUUGGGCAUGUCGCGUAUGCCAGACUCGAACGAGGAUGAGGAGCAAACCCCAGGACCCGGGUUUUUUGAGAACCUGCGCAGUCGUGCACAGACUUCCAUUCGCACUACGACGCCGCUCCAUUCAGACGACAUGCACGGAAACGGUUUGAACAGCCCCCUACACCCGGUGGCUUUGACGGAGAUCAAGUUUCACCCGUCUCAAAUCGAGUCACCCAUCGUUCCCUAUGGUCCAGGCAGCCUGGAAGACGCUCAAGAGCGGAUCUACGGUCUCGCCCCGGGGGAGCGCAAAGUGCAAGAUAAACACGCCGGGACUGUGGGCACCCAGCCUUUGACACCGCGGUCGAAACCACUGCCGGCCAAACCUGCUCCUUCGCCCAUCCUGAGACCUCCUCAAGAGGCAAGGCGGCAGUUCUCCUUUACGAACUUCCUCAGGCCGGGCUCUCGUACGCCAAGCAACGACCAGGCAACAUCGCGACCUGUCCUUCAGACCAGACCCAGCAGUGCCAGCCAUGAGCAAAAGCGAGGGAACAAGACUGCCACGGAGGAAGAGAGAUUGGGACUUGUCAAGGGUGAUUCUCACAUUGGUUUGCUUCAAGAUCAAUUAUCUCACUCCCCCGAACGCCCACACCCGUCCACUUCUCAACCCCAUCCACUUUCUCAGUCCAGCUCCACCACCAGUGUCGAUGACUACUAUCGAUAUCAAUAUCCUUCUCCUAUUCGACCUUCCCUGUCAGAUUCUGACGAGGAUGAUGAUUGGCAGAUGACGAACUCGACAACCCCAGCUCGACCAUUGGAAGUGACCUCGAACCCACCGAAUCCCCCGCCAGCUUUGCGGACAACAAGCAGCCGGCGAAGACCGAGUCCACCGAGGGUCUAUCAACCACCGUCAGUCAUGACGAACACGCCUCCCCGGCUAACCGUCGAGCCGCCGCUACCGGUACCGGGCACGAUGGUGGGCGGAGGAUUGGCACAGGGCAGAGCCGUUCCAGCAGCGUCCGACCAUUUCCAGAUUUCGUCGACGAGGGACCGGCCAACCAGGAAGCCGGUCCAGAGUCCUGGUUCCAACCAGGUAGAUAUCGUGCCUCACCAAGUUCGAGUUUUAGAGGACCCAGUCGCGGAUGAAAGUAGAUUUGGCCCAGCCACUGGUGCGACGGCUCGGACUGAGAGCCCGGAGAACUACGACUCCAGCCGAAAACGCUACGAAGAACAGAGCAAAAGAGAAAGAGAAGAACGAAGACUGAGAGCCCAAGGGCGGCGACAGAGUUGGAAGCCCACCGACCCCGACAACGGUAGUUUUCUCUGAUGAUUCCACCAUGAUUGAUUGUACAUAUACGCGGUGUCUAUCAGCGUUGAGAUACCCAUGACUGCGACGAAUCGUUUAUGGAGCACACGACUUUUAGAGAGCAACGACCAGCUCAUGUUAUUAUAUAGUGUAUCAUUUCAGCCGUGUCGAAAUCUCGAGCAGAUGACUUGCAGCAAAAAAGACCUCUGCGACCUCGACUUGAUGUCUCUUUCGUCCGUACCAAGGACGGAGAU